UAGGCAAGUCCAAUCGGCCAAGAAGAAUUGCAGAAGAUUCAUAAAAACUUGCUCAAAAAUGGGCGAAAACCUAAAAAUGGAGGAAACAGGGUCAGGUAAUACUAGAAAGAGGGAUACGGCGUGGGCAGAAAGCGAAAGGUCAAUCCAAUUGCAAUCGAAGAAGAGAAUCGUUGAAGAAGAAGAAGAAUCUAGAAAAAAGAGUAGUCGUACGAGUAGUAGAAUUAUAGAAUUAGGAAAUGGAAGCCAAGUAGUAUAUUAUCCAAGCUUCUUAGAUUAUAACGAAGCUUGGAAAUUAUUUGAUUACCUCAACAAUCACAUUCCAUGGACUCGCCCAACAAUCCGAGUAUUUGGUCGGUCCUGCGUCCAGCCUCGAGAUAGCUGCUAUGUUGCCACUGAAGGUGUUUCUGAACUGAAAUAUAGUGGCUAUCAGCCUCAAGCUUAUCCUUGGCACCAAUUCCCGCCUCUCCAACAUCUCCUCCAGGCGGUAGAAGAUGGUGUUCCUGGGAGUCAUUUUAACAGCUUGCUGCUGAAUCGAUACAAUGGUGGGAAUGACUACGUUUCUUGGCAUUCUGAUGAUGAAUCUCUUUAUGGACCUACACCUCUUAUUGCUUCCCUUUCUUUUGGUUGUGAUCGUCAUUUUUACUUGAAGAAAAAACCCAACAAAUUGGCGUCUUCAGUGUUAAAGAAGAAUUCGAGUGAUGAAUCUUCGAGCAAGCAGUUGAAGAAAACCAAGAAUGUCGAUGAGCAGCAUUCCAUGUUAUUAAAACAUGGAUCCCUGUUGGUUAUGAGAGGCUAUACUCAGAGGGAUUGGAACCAUUCUGUGCCUAAGCGUACUAAACUAGAUGCUGUCAGGAUCAACCUUACCUUCAGGCUUGUCCUUUGACCUCUCACCAGAUUAUAUGUAAUUUACUGUCUAAUUGCCUAUUAUACUCUGUAGUCUGUACUCUCUUCACUUGGUUGGCAAUUGUACGCUUUGGAACCACUUACAAAGUUGCAAUUUCAGUAUCAUUUUGCUAA